AUGCGUCUCAGCGGGCUGGCGCUGCCGCGAGCCACAGCCGUGGAGGCCCCCACCGCAUCCACUCCAGCUAGUAACGGCGGGCCCCGGGCGCCAGCGGGGGUGCCCACCUUCCAGGAGGCCAUCUCCCGCCUGCAGCAGUACUGGGCGGGCGUCGGCUGCGCGCUCUGGCUGCCCCACAACACCGAGGUGGGUGCUGGCACCAUGAAUCCGGCCACCUUCCUGCGGGUGCUGGGCCCGGAGCCCUGGAGCGUGGCAUAUGCCGAGCCGUCUGUGCGCCCAGACGACUCCCGCUACGGCGACAACCCCAACCGCGUGCAGCGGCACACGCAGUUCCAGGUCAUCCUCAAGCCCGACCCCGGCAACCCGCAGGAGCUGUACCUGGGCUCGCUGGCGGCGCUGGGCGUGGACACGCGCGCCCACGACGUGCGCUUCGUGGAGGACAACUGGGAGAGCCCCGUGCUGGGGGCCUGGGGGCUGGGCUGGGAGGGCGCGAAGCACUUCAAGGACAUCCAGUACAGCCAGGGCGUGAGCUACGGAGAGAUGUUCCUGCAGAGCGAGUACGAGAUGAGCGUCUAUAAUCUGGAUGAGGCAGAUGUGGAGGGGCAGCGCCAGCGGUUUGAGCUGUACGAUCAGGAGGCGCGGCGCAUGCUGGCCAAGCGCCUGCCUGUGCCCGCCUACGACCACCUGCUCAAGCUCAGCCACACCUUCAACCUUCUGGAUGCGCGGGGGGCGGUGGGCGUGACGGAGCGCGCCAACUGCUUUGCCACCAUGCGGUCGCUGGCAAGGGAGGUCACGGGGCUGUGGCUGGCGCGGCGCGAGGAGCAGGGAUACCCGCUGGGCGUGGUACCGCCGCCGGAGGAGCCGCCUGCGCAGGCGGCGGCGCCUGCGGUCGACGUCCCCGCCACCUUUGUGCUGGAGGUGGGCAGCGAGGAGCUGCCUCCCGACGAUGUGGUGUCGGCCCUGCAGCAGCUCAAGGACCGCGUGCCGGCGCUGCUGGACCGCCUGCGCCUAGGCCACGGCGGCGUGACCGUGGAGGGCACGCCGCGCCGCCUGGCGGUGCUGGUGCACGAGCUGGCGGCCCGGCAGAGCAACAGCUCGGAGCGGGUGCGCGGCCCGCCGGCAAAAGUGGCGUACGAUGCGGCGGGCACGCCCAGCCCCGCCCUCCUGGGGUUCUGCAAAAAGAACGGCGUGACAGUGGAGGACUGUUUUGCUGAGGUCGAUGGCAAGGGGGUGGAGUAUGUGUGGGCGGAGGUGAAGCAAAUGGGGCGGCCCGCGGCAGAGGUGCUCUUGGAGGAGCUCCCAGCUCUGCUGGCCAGCCUGAGCUUCAAGAAGAGCAUGCGGUGGCGGUCAGACACAGCCUACUCGCGGCCGCUGCGGUGGCUGCUGGCGCUCCACGGCGAGGCGGCGGUGCCCUUCACCUAUGCCUGCCUGCAGGCCGGUGCCACCACGCGCCUGCUGCGCAACGCCGACCAGCCGGAGCAGCAAGUGGCGUCGGCGGAUGCUUACCUGUCAGUCCUGCAGCAGGGGCGCAUCAGCCUGGGCUUGGAGGCGCGCAAGGAGAGCAUCUGGCAGGCGGUGACGGCGGCGGCGGAGGGCGUGGGGGGGGUGGUCCCUGACGGCACGCGGGGAGACCUGCUGGAGGAGGUGGCCAACCUGGUGGAAAGUCCAACGGUGCUGCUGGGCGCCUUUGACGCCGCCUUCCUGGUGCUGCCCAGGGAGGUGCUGGUGCUGGUGAUGCGCAAGCACCAGCGAUACUUUCCAGUCUACAAGCACCAGUCGGACGAGCUGCUGCCUUACUUUGUGACCGUGGCGAAUGGGGAGGUGGACGUUCCUACGGUGCAGGCGGGCAACGAGGCGGUGCUGCGGGCUCGCUUUGAGGAUGCCCAGUUCUUCUACAACAACGACCUGGCCACGCCGCUGGCGGACGCGCGGCCCCGCCUGGCCGGCACCAUGUUCCAGAAAGACCUGGGGUCCCUGCUGGACAAGAGCGCCCGGGUGGAGCAGCUGGUGCCCGCGCUGGGCGCCGCCGCGGGGCUGCAAGAUGCGGUGCCGGUGGCGGUGCAGGCGGCGCACCUGUGCAAGGCCGACCUCGCCACCAGCAUGGUGACCGAAAUGACGGCCCUGGCCGGCACCAUGGGCCGCCACUACGCCCUGAAAGAGGGCCUGCCUGCAGGCGAGCCCGGAGGGCGGGGGGGGUGGCUGCCGCCUGGGGCUGGGGCUGGGCUGAGGCCUGGGCCCGAGCCGGGCAGCGCCGCCGCCGCGAACGUGGCAGAGGCGAUCUUCGAGAGCGUGCUGCCCCGCAGCGCGGGCGACCGACUGCCGCAGACCCCCGCGGGCCUGCUGGUUUCGGUGGCGGACAAGCUGGACAGCCUGGUGGGCCUGUUUGCAGCGGGCUGCGCCCCCACCGCCACCGCAGACCCCUACGGCCUGCGCCGUGCGGCAGUGGGGCUGCUGCAGGCGCUCCUGGCCGGCGGCACGCGGCUGGACCUGGGUACGGCGGUGGCGGCUGCGGCGGCGGUGCAGCCCUGCGCCGUCACCCCGCAUAGCCAGGCGGCGGUGGUCGAGUUUGUGGAGCGGCGGCUGGAGCAGCUGCUGUCGGAUGCGGGGGUGCAGGUGCAGAUAGAGGCGGUGCGUGCGGCGCUGCGGGAGCGCGGGCGCGACGCGGCGCUGGCCGCCCGCACGGCGCGGGAGAUUCGGGUGGGCAUGCCGGGCGCCGGCGCCGGCGCCGGGCCUGCGGACGAGAUGGCGGCUGGCGAGGCGGGGCGGCUGCACCAGGUCAUGGCGGCGCUCGCCCGCCCCGUGCGCCUCACCCGCGGCAAGCAGAUCGACGCAGGCUGGACGGUUCAGGAGGAGCUGUUUGAGCAGGAGGAGGAGCGGGCGCUGCAUGCCGCGUACCGCCAGGCAGCCGCGCAGGUCACGCCCGACAUGCCGGUGCCCGCCUUUCUGGCGGCCGCCGAGCCGCUGAUCGCGCCGCUGGACGCCUUCUUCGACAAGGUGUUUGUGAUGUGCGAGGAGCAGGCUGUGCGCCAGAACCGGCUGGCGCUGCUGCGGGAUGUGGCGGCGCUGCCAGCUGGCAUCCUGGACCUGGCUGAACUGCCCGGCUUCUGA